AUGACGACAACAAUCAAAGGCCCUGGCGAAGCCCGUACAUACGAUGGCUCGUCGUUGCGCAUCGGUAUCAUCCACGCCCGCUGGAACACCCAGAUCAUCUCUGCGCUGCUCUCCGGCGCCCUCGCCAAGCUCAAAGAGGCCGGCGUCCGAGAAGAGAACAUUGUCAUCCAAAGUGUACCGGGAAGUUAUGAGCUGCCAUUUGCCGUGCAGAAGAUGUACACAGCUUCGCAGGCGCAGAGCGCAGGAAUCGUGCCUGGUGUGGCCGGGAGUCUGAUUGCGAGCGCGACGGACCUUUUGGGCGCGAGCACGACCGAUUUUGGAAAGCCGCAGGGCAGCACACAACCCUUUGAUGCGAUCAUCGCUAUUGGCGCGCUGAUCAAAGGAUCCACGAUGCAUUUCGAAUACAUCUCGGAUGCGGUGAGCCAUGGGUUGAUGAAGGUUCAGCUGGAACACGGUGUCCCGGUAAUUUUCGGGUUAUUGACGCUCCUCACGGAGGAACAAGGUCUGGAAAGAGCGGGAAUCGAUGCAGCUGGCAAGGGGCAUAACCAUGGUGAAGAUUGGGGUCUGGCAGCAGUGGAGCUGGGCAGCAAGAGGAAAGCGUGGGCUGAGGGUAAAUUCGAGGAAUAA